CAGGCUCUUCUAGCUCUCCCCCACUCUCUCUCUAUCUCUCUCUCUCUCCUCAUCCAUCUCUCUCCUCCUCCUCCCUCUCAUGGAGAAUCAGAAGCGCCAAGAGCAGCCAACAAGCUCUGCACGGAAGAGUCUCAAACGGAAGCUAGAAGAAGACUACGAUGUAGAUCGCAAGAUCGCUUCUCUUUCACAUCAUGAUUCACAGGAAGAUCUCGUUAAAGAGGUUAUUUCUCAGGUUCAGAUCCUCCGUACUACUUUCACUUCGCUUGAAGCUAAUCGCGCCUCCGCUAAGCACGCUAUUCAUAUUCUCUCUGAAUUCGCGAAGAACGAAGAAUUUGUUAAUGCGAUAGUUGAUUGUGGAGCUGUACCGGCACUGGUGACGCAUCUUCAGGCGCCGCCACCGUUGAACGAUGUUGAUACUGGUUUGAGGUUUUACGAGCAUGAAGUCGAGAAAGGGAGUGCUUUCACUCUUGGACUUCUUGCUGUAAAGCCAGAACAUCAGCGACUCAUAGUAGAUGCUGGAGCACUUCCCCAUUUAGUGAAUCUAUUGAAGAGACAUAAGGAUGGUCAAAACUCUAGAGCUGUUGUUGGUGUCAUGAGGAGAGCAGCUGAUGCUAUCACCAAUCUUGCUCAUGAAAAUAGCUGCAUUAAAACACGUGUUAGAACGGAAGGUGGGAUUCCUCCCCUUGUUGAAUUAUUAGAGUACGUUGAUUUGAAGGUCCAGAGAGCUGCUGCUGGGACACUGCGCACGCUCGCAUUCAAAAAUGACGAGAAUAAAAAUCAGAUAGUGGAGUGUAAUGCUUUGCCUACUCUUGUUCUAAUGCUUCGAUCUGAGGAUCCAACCAUACACUAUGAAGCGGUUGGUGUCAUUGGAAAUUUGGUGCAUUCCUCACCUUCGAUAAAGAAAGAAGUCCUACUUGCUGGAGCUUUACAACCAGUCAUAGGAUUGCUGAGUUCCUGCUGCACGGAGAGCCAAAGAGAAGCAGCUUUGCUACUUGGACAAUUUGCUGCUACUGAUUCUGACUGCAAGGUUCACAUUGUGCAAAGAGGUGCCGUGCCACCAUUAAUUGAGAUGCUUCAGUCUUCUGACACACAACUGAAAGAGAUGGCAGCAUUUGCUCUUGGAAGGCUGGCUCAGGAUAACCAUAAUCAAGCUGGGAUUGCACACAAUGGUGGUAUAGCUCCAUUGCUAAAGCUUCUUGAUUCAAAGAAUGGAUCUCUGCAGCAUAAUGCUGCAUUUGCACUUUAUGGUCUUGCAGACAAUGAGGAUAAUGUAGCAGAUCUUGUUAAGAUUGGGGGUGUUCAAAAGCUUCAAGAUGGAGAAUUCAUUGUCCAACCAACAAGGGACUGUGUAGCCAAAACACUCAAAAGAUUAGAGGAAAAGAUUAAUGGAAGGGUAUUGAGACAUUUAUUGUACUUAAUGCGUGUUGGAGAGAAGGCAGUUCAAAAACGAGUUGCUUUAGCCCUUGCCCAUCUUUGUUCACCUAACGAUCAGAAAGCUAUUUUUAUUGAUAAUAAUGGAUUGGAUUUGCUUCUGGACCUUUUUGAAUCAACUACAUUUAAGCAGCAACGUGAUGCUUCUGUGGCUUUGUACAAAUUGGCUACCAAACCCUGUUCUAUCUCUCCUGUAGAUGCAGCUCCCCCCUCCCCAAUCCCACAGGUGUAUUUGGGCGAGCAGUAUGUAAAUAAUCCUACACUUUCUGAUGUGACUUUUUUAAUUGAAGGGAAGCGAUUCUAUGCUCACCGAAUUUGUCUCCUUGCCUCUUCUGAUGCAUUCAGAGCAAUGUUUGAUGGUGGUUAUAGGGAGAAAGAUGCUAACGAUAUAGAGAUUCCAAAUAUUAAAUGGGAUGUUUUUGAACUAAUGAUGAGAUACAUAUAUACAGGAUCGGUAGAUGUUAAAUUGGAUGUUGCACAGGAGCUUCUAAGAGCGGCUGACCAAUAUCUUUUGGAAGGAGUCAAACGCCUCUGCGAGUAUGCUAUUGCUCAGGAUAUUUCUAUUGAAAAUGUUUCGCUCAUGUACGAGUUGUCGGAAUCUUUCAAUGCUACAUCAUUAAAGCAUGCCUGUAUCCUCUUUAUUCUGGAGAAGUUUGACAAGUUAUGCAAUCUGCCAGGGACCUCCCAUCUGAUUCAUCGUGUUUUACCCGAAAUGAGACUUUACUUUGCAACAGCAUUAACAAGAAGAGUACUGGUUGAACAGCAGCAGUAAAUUUUUUUGCUUGAGCAUUAUGAUCAGGCUGACCAAGUGUAUAUAAAAUGGGCAAAGAUGUGGAGGAAGCAUUUGGUCUUUAAUUCUGCAGAAAAAGUUGAGGGGUUUUGGUAUGUUCAUUCAACUUCAGCAGCUAAUUACAGAUGCUUUUUUUUUUUUUUUAUCUUGUAGAAUGAAAACAAUUUUAGGGGAUUUUAUAAUCAGUGGAAAGAAGAGUAAGAGGUGGAAGAAUUUGCCUCCCCAUAUUAUUUGAUUUUGAUCACUAGUAGUUUUUGUAAACUCUUUAUGGUCAAUGGUGACUUAAUUCUUGAUGAA